AUGCCGGAGCAGUUCGUGGUCUUUUUCCCCCUGCUACGCUAUCCAACUUCCUCGUUUUGCACUGAAGCAUUAUCAACUGGAGCUGUUUCCAUGACUACAAUUAUCGACAAGCAGGUCAAGCAAUUGGGGUUUGACUUGAUAAACAACCCGAAUUUACUUGCCACAAACCCAAUCAUAUCAUUCAAUACAGCUAUAUGGUUCUGGAUGACACCACAAGAAAACAAGCCGUCUAGCCACAACGUGAUCAUAGGAAGAUGGACACCAUCCGAUGCUGACCGGUCAGCAGGUCGGGUUCCGGGCUACGGUGUGAUCACGAACAUAAUCAACGGUGGAUUGGAGUGUGGGAAGGGUCAAGAUGCUAGGGUGGCUGAUAGGAUCGGUUUCUAUAAAAGGUACUGUGACAUAUUGCGAGUGAGUUAUUUGGGAACAACUUGGAUUGUUAUAGUCAAAGUCCUUUCGCCUAAAUGA